AUGUGUGCUCAGUGUGGACCAUCACUUCAGCUAGGCUGGCAUACCGCUGGUGCCAAACGGAUGAGAGCAAGCCAUUUGAUGCCGCCCAUGCAUGCGACCCAGCAACAAGCCCCACUCUCAGUCCAUACCCCACUGCGAGAUGGAAGCUACGACAUAACUGCUCAGAACGAGACUCUUCAAAUUGGCCUGUCGAUCGCGAUUGCUUCUGACAAUAUUGUGUUUGUGGAAAAGCUUCUUCACCAUCCUCAGAUCAAUCUUUAUGAUACAUCUUGCUCAACAAAGAGCCCAAUAGCUAUAGCGCUUGAAUAUCAAAGACAUGACACUCUUCGUCUGCUCUUGGAUCAUUGCCAGAUUGAUCCAAACGCCAGAGACAGCCAAGGCCAAGCACCACUACAUCUAGCGGUCAUUUACGAUGAUCCGAUAGCCGUCCGAAUCUUACUGGAACAUCCGAGGGUUGACAUCAACUGUCUCACCGCCGCGGGGGAUAGCCCUCUGCUACUUGCAGCCAAGACUUUCGACGGAAACAGGGCCAGGAGUCAGAUUCUGCAUGAUAUUGUGUCCAUGCCUGACGUUUUGCUAGACCAGCGAGACCGGAUGGGACGUUCAGCGCUCUGGCAUGCAGUGAACACAAGCAACAUUCUGCUCAUAAUGAUGCUAUACCAAGACCCACGGACUGAGGUUGGCAUGGCAGAUAGAGAGGGUAUCACACCAUACGUUUGA